GCAAAGUUGAACCUCACCUCAUCGCCUCAGUAUUGGAAAUUUGGAAACACUUACUCGUCAAGCUUUUCUCCUGCCUGCCUUCAUUUUCUCCCCAAUAGUAAGUGUAUAUUUUCUGCUACGCCACUCGAUUUAUAUCAAAGUUUAAACCCCAAGAUUCAUAUAUUUGUAGCAGUCUCUCUUUCUCUCUCUCUGUCAAUAACUUGUUUUGAAUCUUGUUAUUGUCAGAUUUGAGUAGAACAAAUAAAAGCCCUUGGCUUGAGCAAGAAUCUUGCAGUUGUUGUUUGUGGUGGAUGUGGAAAUGGCUGGUUACGAGCCCCCAAGUUCGUUUCAUACCCCUUCUCUCCACAACCCUGAUUCAGACCUAGAUUCCAAGGCCUCCCCUCUCAAGAAAGAGACAAACACAAGCAGAAGCUCCCCCACCACGGGGGGCCGGCGCCCCCGGGGGCGGCCCCCGGGAUCCAAGAACAAAUCCAAGCCCCCAAUAAUCGUGACGCGCGACAGCCCCAACGCGCUCAGGACCCACAUCCUCGAGGUCGCCUCGGGAAACGACGUCGUCGACAGCGUCUCCGUCUACGCGCGCCGCCGGGGGAGGGGCGUCUGCGUGCUCAGCGGCAGCGGCGCCGUGGCCAACGUCACCCUGCGCCAGCCCACCACCGGCAUCGUGACGCUGCAGGGCCGAUUCGAGAUCCUGUCGCUGUCGGGGACGGUGCUGCCGCCGCCGGCGCCGGAGGGGUCCGGCGGCCUGUCGAUAUUUCUCUCCGGCGGGCAGGGGCAUGUGGUCGGCGGGAGCGUGGCGGGCCCGCUGGUGGCGGCGGGGCCGGUGGUUUUGAUGGCGGCGUCGUUCGCGAAUGCGGUGUUUGAGCGGUUGCCUUUGGAGGAGGAGGAGGGCGGCGCGGCUUCGCAGUCUUCUGAAGUGACUGGCGGUGGUGGGCGGGUUAAUGAGGGCGGCGGUUUGUUCAACUCGGCAAGUGGGAAUGCGGGGGCGGCGGGGAAUUAUCCGUUUGCAGCUCAUUUGUUUGGUUUGGGCGGUGGCGGUGGCGGUGGAGCUAAUGUAAGGCCACAACCACCGUUUUGAUUUUCUUGUAAAAUAAAAUGUUCUUCUUUUUUCUUUUUAUAUGCCAUUUUCUCUGCUUUCUUUUUAUUUAGGAUAAGGAAUAUUGUUGGACAUGGGGAGACUGAUUGUGGGUUGCCAAAAAAUUAAUGGGAUGGUAAAAAGCUUUUGUUA